AUGGCUGACGAGGAGAAUCGACCUGCAGCUACGCACAACUCACCGCGCACAUGGCUACUGACUGCGGCGUUGUCGCCAUUGGCCGUUCGCCUCAUCCGCCAAUUGCUAUCCCAUGGCGACUAUGUCGUCGCGUGUCUACCGCCACAAGAAAUCGACCAUGAGCAACGCAGUGCCGAGUUUCGGGAGCUCAUAGCUGAAUGCAAGAGCAGUCGCAAAGACCGCGAAGGGUGGAAGGACCGCAUCCGAGGUAUCCGCUGUGAUGGGAAUAUGAGCUCGUGUAUUUCGGCCGUCACCGACGCUGUCGCAGUGUUUGGACGAAUAGACAUUUUGCUUUGUUGCAGAUCUGAAGCUGUCGUGGCCACGGUCGAGGAGCUUUCCACCAAUCCACACACGCAAAGCCUGGCCAGACAACAGUUCGAAAGCAACUUUUUCUCGCAGGUGAACUUCAUCAAGGCCACGCUGCCACAGCUGAGGAAACAACAUACAGGCCACAUUAUUGCACUCACAAGCACCUGCGGCCACCUCGGGACGCCCGGCUUGUCCAUGUUUUCAGCUGCAACAUGGGGCUUCGAGGGAUAUUGUGACUCUCUAGCCUACGAGGUGGCACCAUUCAACAUCAAGGUGACAGUUGUGCAACCAAAUAUGGAGAUUCAAUCCCUUACUGGCCGCCUCACAUUUGCGCCGCAGAUUCCGGCCUAUGUUGAUGCGUACCCCGCGGCGCCAAACGUGCGAGAUAUGCUCAGUAAUGUUCUGAAUUCAGAUCCCGACACCGCCGUGCCAGAGCCCCUGGAGGAGUCUGGGGCUACGCCAUCCACGCCGGGUAGCACGUCGUUGGAACCAGAACCGGGUCGCGGCGGAAUUUUUGACCGCUAUCCAAGGCUUACACCUCAGGCGGCGGACGCGCUCGUCAACGAAACUGUUCAUGCGCUCACAGCUAUCGGUGGCCACGAAAACCCCCCCUCGAGACACAUUGUUGGCUCAGAAGCCGCACUAGCUGUCAAGGAGAAACUCAAGACUGUCACGGAGGAAAUGGAGGACUUUGUGGACUCCAGUUUGGCUGUUGAUAUUUUCGAAAGUGAACUUACAGAAGAAGCGAAGAAAGGCAAAAGGCCCAGGGACAAGAGCCCAGAAGCGGGAGGGUCCAACCAACCGAGUCAAUGA